GAAGCCAAUUAAGGUCUCUCACCUUCAUCAGUUUCAUUUUUUACUCUUUUUAGACCUUUACGACUCCAACGCGCAGGAACCUCUGAAAAUCUUGUUGCGAUGAAUCACGACCAGCAAUAUCAUUUUUCAUAUGUCUCUUUGCCUUCUCCAUCUCCCUCAUUGCCUGCCACAUUCUAUCCUGAUCUUCGUCACUGUCCGAUCUCUCUCCCAGAAGCGCGAUUAUCUCGGAAUACGCACCCAGAGCUCCAUCGGCCAAUCAGUGACUCGCCCGUCCAACACUACAGGUCUCAGUCAGACACAUAUUCUUUUGCUACCUCAACCCGAUCGGAAGUCGUAUCUCCUGCUCACGAAGUUAGGCCGCGCAUCCCCCGUCCUCCGAAUGCGUUCAUGCUUUUUCGCUCGAAUAUGCUGAGGACAAAAGCGAUACCGCAGACGGCAGAAAAACGCCAACAGCAGUUGAGCAAAGUAGCUGGCGAGUGUUGGAAUCUGUUGUCGCCCGAGGAGAAACAGGUUUGGCAUAACGAAGCAGCUAAGCAAUUGAGGGAACACCAGCUCAAAUACCCUCACUACAAAUUUACCCCCGCCGCGCGAGGGUCUUCCCGCAAAAUGAAGAAAGAUGGCCAACAGUCAGCUGUGGCGGAUAAAAAUCGCGUUCGGGAACUCAGAGAGAAAUGGACUCAGAUAUACGGACCUGCAGUGGCUCCUUCGCGUCGCAGGAAGCCCAAGCAAAAGGCACAUAGCCUCCCCAGAAGCGAGCCUGACCCGACUCUCGAAUCGUUAUUUAACGAUCCCUCUUUUGCAUUCACCUCCUCACCUCCAUCCUCCCUCACGGCUUCACCCUCUAGCAGUGUUAGUGAUGGCAGUCUGCCUCCCAUCUUCCCAAACCCUUCCUAUCCUCAUUACUCUGAAAACCAGCCUUACAGCUUCAGCGGAUUCUUCAUGAACGAUUAUCCAUUCCCCAGGCCGUCCUCCACAUCUUCCAAUUCGUCUUGUGAUGGAUCUGUUACAUCUUCCGCCUCCUCUUUUGAUGCACCAUCAACUUCAUUCGCCCCAUCCUAUUCUGUGUCUUCCUCCUCGCCUUUGGACGACAAUGCCCUUUGCGCAGGUUUUAGUGGUCUAGACAUUACUCCUACUACCACUUCCUUCAGGGAAAGCGAUAUGUGUCCGCAAUCUCUAAACCCUCUUCGUCAGCCUCCUUCGUUCAUCCGCCUGACUAACGAAGGUACUUCGUCGGAGCUACCGUUCUUAUCACCGCUCCUUCCUUCUCCUUCGGAACAUGGGACGAACUACCCUGAACAAAGCUAUGUGGAUGGUACAUCUGCCUAUCCUGGUUCCAUCCCGCCUUUUUUGUAUGAUUCUUCGAGGCCGGGUGAGUUGGACUUCAACUCACUUGGUCCAAUCCCAUCCCCGAACGGUGACUCUUUGAAUUUCGGCAGUUGGAGCUUCAUCGAAGAAGAGAGUUCCGGGUUGUAAAGAUGUGGGGUCGUACAGAUAAUUUCAGUUUCCCAAAUCAUGAAUGUAGCAUAUGUAUACUAAUAGCAUCUCUUCCCAUGUUCCGACCACUGUAAAAGUACUAUACAUUUUUUCU